ACCUUUACAACUAUGACCUUCUUCUCAAGACAACUCCGAUUUUAUCGGAUGUCUCCCACAGACCAAGUCCAAACUAAGGAGAAAUGAGAGAGAGGGAGCCUUGUUUUCUCACCACCAUCGUCAUCUCUAACUUCUUCUAAAGCCCUAUUAAAGCCCCACACCACAGCGGGAUUGGGUCGCUCAGUAACCAUGGUUAACUGCCACCACCAUCAUCAUCUCUAGCUUCUUCUAAAACCCUAUUUAAACCCCAACACGCAGGUGUUUCGCUUUAGUUGAUGCUCCCCUUGCCAUUCCUCUCUCCAUGUCUCGAGAUUCUCUUAUCUUGCUCCACUGAAGUUCCUGCUCUCCCCCACCACCCUCCCGACCAAGAUUUUUCCCCCUUUCCUUUUUAAAGAAAGGAAGCUAACACAGAAGGGUGCAAAAAAACACCAUGUCCUGCUUCUUUCUGCUUGUCUUUCUUGCUUCUUGAUAAUAUAAGAGGAAAGGGGAGAAGCCUAUCAGGAAACACCCAUCUACUCUUUGUGCUUUCCUUUUACCACCCCCCCAACCUCUAUGUUGUAUCUGCGUUCUUUUCCUCCGAUUCCUCUCAGCUUCUUCUUCUUCUUCUUCUUCUCUACUUGUUCGCUCCAAACUGUGCCAACCAUCCGAGUUUUCUGUAUUUUCUUCUCUUUCUAGCUGAUGGUGUCUUAGAAAAGUCCCUCCACCUUACCUGUCUAGGUUACCCAUCUAAUUUUUGUCUUCUGCUCUCGAGCCUAUACUGCCAAAUCUCUUCAUCAACUUCCUUCUGUAGAUGGCUGUACAGGACCUGCCCGGUGGGCCAGGGUGCGGAGACGGUGGUGGCAGCACUUCACUUCUUCACCGUCUCGUGGGGAUCAUGCUGCUUUUCUUCUCCGACCCCGACGGGGAGCUUCUCCGGCUGGUGGCGGAGGAGAUGAGGGAGCUGUGGAGGAUGGUGACGCCCAUAGCUCUGCUUAACUUCGCUGUGUUCGCCCGGUCGACCAUAUCUGUUGCAUGCCUUGGCCGGCUGGGCAGCCUGGAGCUCUCCGGGGGAGCCCUGUCCGUCGGCUUCACCAACAUCACCGGCUACUCCAUCCUCUUUGGCUUGGCCUCUGGGAUGGAGCCCAUCUGCAGCCAGGCCUUCGGCUCCAAGAAUUGGGAUCUAAUCUCCCUCUCCCUGCAGCGUACCAUCCUCAUCCUUCUGACCGCUGCAUUGCCCAUCAGCAUACUCUGGCUGAACCUUGGUCGCCUUCUCACCGCCCUCGGCCAGGACUCCGCCAUCACCGCCGUCGCUGCCACCUACGCCCUCUGUUCGCUCCCCGACCUCCUCACCAACUCCGUCUUCCAGCCCCUCCGCGUCUACCUCCGCUCCCAGAAGAUUACCACGCCGCUUAUGGUCUGCUCCGGCGUUGCUGUCCUUCUUCACAUUCCCCUGAACCUCCUCUUUCUCUUCGUCUUCAAGCUCGGCGUCCCUGGCGUGGCCGCCGCCUCGGUCCUCACCAACUUCAAUAUGGCCUUCGGCCUCAGUGCUUACCUCUUCUUCGCUGGCGGCCGAAAGGUGGCCUGGACAGGGUGGUCUCUGGCGGCGUUCGAUGUCCGCCAGUGGUGCCCACUUCUCAAGCUGGCGCUGCCGAGCUGCCUGGGUAUAUGCUUGGAAUGGUGGUGGUACGAGCUUAUCACGCUGGUUGCCGGUUACCUGCCGGAGCCGGAGGUGGCGGUGGCCACGACGUCCAUCGUUAUACAGACAACAAGCUUGAUGUACACGCUGCCCAUGGCGCUGGGUGCCUGUGUGUCAACGCGGGUGGGGAACGAGCUCGGAGCGGGGCGGCCAUGCAGGGCGAAGAUGGCGACGAUGGUGGCGCUCGGCUGUGCUGCGGCCGCCGGGGUGGUGAACUUGGCGUGGACGGUGGCUGUCCGGGAGAGGUGGGUGAGGUUCUUCUCCGACGACGAGGCGGUUGUGGCGCUUGCGUGUUCGGUACUGCCACUGAUCGGGGCGUGUGAGCUGGGAAAUUGCCCUCAGACAACGGGGUGCGGGGUGCUCAGGGGGACGGCCAGGCCCUCGGUGGGCGCGAGGAUCAACCUUCUGGCCUUCUACCUCCUGGGGAUGCCGGUGGCGGUGGGGUUGGCCUUCUGGUGCGGCGUCGGUUUCAAGGGGCUGUGGUGCGGGCUUCUCGCGGCCCAGGUGGCGUGCGUGGCGUGCGUGCUCAUGGUGGUGCAGAGGACCGACUGGACGGAGGAGGCCAAGAGAGCCAGGAAGCUUACCAGCAUGGAGAUGCCCUGCCGCCGCGGCGCCACCGUCGCAGCGGCGGACGAUGAUCUUGAUAGUGCUCUUGAUGAUGGUGGUGGUGAUGACAUGGAACGGCAGGCUUUAAUAAUUGUGUAAAAGUGCAUGUAGCUCUCUGCCAUAUCAGGAGAAACGUCCGGCUUCGUAAUGUCCCUUUCUUUUUCUUUUUCUUCCUAAGCGUUCUUUUUCCCUUGCGGUUUUUCUUUUUUGUUCUUCCUUUUACUUUCAUGUUUUUAAUUUGCAUGUAUGAAAGACGGGUCCUAUCCUUCACUGAGUUUCUUUUCCUUUCUCGUUGUCUUUUUCUGUAAAAAAAAAAGUCCGUUCUGUAAUUUUCUUUUGUUACUUCUGAAGAAAUGGAAAAACGGUUUUAGCAGUCGCA